AUGUUUGUGAUUGAAGCUUAUCGGACGCUACGAGACCGUGGGCCUUACCCCGCUGAUCAGGUCAUCAAAGAUCUUGAAGGAAUUUUCGCAUUUGUUUUCUAUGAUAGUAAAUCCGGAACUGUUUUCACUGCACUGGGUUCAGAUGGAGGAGUACAGUUGUAUUGGGGAAUAGCUGCAGAUGAAUACCAUGGAAACACUAAAAUGGAAGGGAUUAAACAUUUCACAGGAAGAAGACGAGCCUUUGUUCAAACUGAAUCCGGAUGUGUCUUAGGAAUGGAGCUAGAUCAAAGUGAUAAUGCUUAUACAGUCAAAAGAAGGUUACAAAUAGCUCUCAGUCUCCCAAUUGAAAAAAGUUCUUUAACUUUUGGAGACAUGGUUUAA